UGAUGAUCAGUGUAGCCCUAGCAGUGCCACCUGUCAGUGUCCAUCAAUGCCAGCUGUCAGUGCUCAUCAGUGCCACUUGCCAGUGCCCAUCAGUGCUCAUCAAUGCCACAUAUCAGUGCUCAUCUGAGCUGCCUUUCAGUGCCACCUAUCAAUGCCAGUCAGUGCCACCUAUCAGUGCCGCCAGUCAGUGCCACCUAUCAGUGCCAGUCAGUGCCAUCUAUCAGUGCCAGUCAGUGCCGUCUAUCCGUGCCAGUCAAUGCCGACUAUCAGUGUGCAUCAGUGCCGCCUAUCAGUGCCCGUCAGUGCUGCCUAUCAGUGCCACCUAACAGUGCCAGUCAGUGCCACCUAACAGUGCCAUCAGUACCGCCUAUCAGUGCCACCUAUCAGUGCCGCCUAUCAGUGCCAUAUAUGAGUGCUGUCUUUCAGUGCCCGUCAGUGAUGCCUGUCAAUGCCCAUCAGUGCCACCUACCAGUGCCUCCACAUCAG